AUGAUUUAUCUCCUGGAGCAAAUUUCGUACUUUCCCCUCUCAUUUACGAUCGUUUUGAUUAAUACAAUUGUUUUCUUCAUAUUAAGUUUUGGAAGAAUACCUUCGGAAUUUGUCAGUUAUAAUUAUGAUAAAAUUAUUGGCGAAAAACAAGUAUGGAGAAUUGUUACAUCAACAUUCUCUCAUUUUAGUAUAAUUCAUAUUUUGUUUAAUUUGGGAUCUUUGUGGGGAAUGAGACAGGUUGAAUUAAUUGGACAAGAGACAUUGGGUUCUCAUUCAUUCCAUUCAGUAAUGGAAUAUUUCAAAAUUACAUUCUUACUCUUAGUUUUUUCAACUCUUUUUAUUACAGUAACUUACUUCUGUUUGGUUAAAUUUAUGAAAUGGGAAAAUUAUAGACAGGUAAAUAUUGUAGGAUACAGUGGAGUAUUAUUUGGAAUGAUGACAAUGUCAAUUCUUCAAAAUGGAAUUUCAUCUAAGGGGUCUUCAAUGUUUGGAUUAAAUUUACCAAAUAUUUUAAUGCCUUUCAUGUCAUUGAUUUUAACUCAAAUGUUGAUUCCACAAGCAAGUUUUGUAGGGCAUUUAGGAGGAAUUGUUGGUGCUUUCAUAACAUAUUAUGGUAUUUUAAUUUGGAUGCUUGAUGUAGUUUUUAUUGUAAUCUUUUCCUUGACUGCUUUGGUGUUGUUGGCGAGUGCAGGUUGGACAAUAUUUAAAAAUCGUAAUUCGAUAACUGUUCCUUCAUUUAUUAAGAGAGCUUGGCAAAAGAUUUCUUCAGUAUUUAGAAGAGGAUCUAAUACAAUUAGAAAUGGUGUCAUUAAUCAACAUCCACAAGAGCAAGAACAAGUUUUCAGUGAUGAAGAUGAAGAAGAGCUACCAGACAGAAGAAAUAAUGUAUAGAUAUCAUGUCUGAUUAAUCUAAAUCAGUUGUAAAUAUAUUCACAUUAAACGAUCUUUCAAU